AUGCGGCUCAAUACUCUGUCCCUCAUUGCAUUCGUGGCGUCAGUCUCAGCAGACUGGACGGUCACCACCUACACAGACAAAGAAUGCGGAACAACCUCGAGCACAACUGGAUAUGUACGCUCAGGGCUCAAGGAUGAUGACACCGAGGCCCGAGAAGUCUGGGGCAAAUGCGUCAAUAUCGAUGACAAUGUCGAGAUCAACUCGAUCAAGGCCUCGUUUGACGGCCCCGAUACCGAUGGCAUCGUGCGCUACUGGGCUGAGCCCGAUUGUCCUGACAACAAAUUUGGCUUGAACAUCAACUUUGAACCCAAUAAUGAUCAGUGUCAGACGGAUAGUGUGGAGAAGGAGUUUUCCAGUAACAAGAAAUAUCCUAUUAAAUCAUGGGUCAUUCGUAAGGCCUGA